GUGUUUGCAUCUGUGUAUUAUGUAGAGAGGUUUACCCAGAGUACAUCCGUGUGAUCAGAUGAACAUGGGGCAGGGGAAACAGGCCAUCGCUCGACUGUAAACAAGAGGAAAUUUUGGGAUUAGGUCGACAUCGUACCAUGCUCGUGUGAAAUGGUCUCAAUGUCGAUAUAUUGGAUCACUUCAUCUGCUUCAUUGAUGACUACAAGGCGACAGAUUGAGUGCAACACAUCCAAUUGCAUUCAUAAACAUUUCUAUAGGACUUCAAACCCCUGAGAGUAUUUAAUUGUUUUUGAUAUUUAAACUAAAACGCCCUGUUGUAUUGUGGAUGACAUCCUCGCACGACCAAAUGGCUGCACCUGGAAAAGUGACACGGAGUAAUGAUCUGCCUCGAGGCGUUGAGAGGCUAAAAGAGGAGCACAGGAAGGUGGUGAAAGAUUGCGGAGUUCAAAUUGAGCACUGGAAAAAAGUGGAAAAAGAUUACGAAUCUCUUCAGGACCGUCUCAGGACCUUGCCUGACAAGCUGUCAUAUGAUAUUAUGGUACCAUUUGGUCCCUUGGCUUUCAUGCCAGGAAAGCUAGUUCACACUAAUGAGUUAACUGUGCUCCUUGGGGAUAACUGGUUUGCAAAGUGUUCUGCCAAACAAGCCGACACUCUUGUAGAACACCGAAAGAAACAUGUAAAGAAUGCACUAGAUGAUUUACAGAAAACAAUGAAGAACUUUCAGAACAGAGCUGACUUCACAGUUGAUCUUGAAAAAUUGAAUGAUGGCACUGGAGAUUUUGUAGACAUUAGAGAAGAGGUGGUAAAUGAGGAAGAAGUUGCCAAAGGAAAACAUCGGUUGGCCCACAAACCCAACUCUAAACCAAAGCAGGAAUAUGUGCUGAAAUUGAAAGAGGAGAAUAACAAAGGAGAGGGGGAUGAAGGGAGCAAGAGUGGAGUGCUGUCUGAGGAGGAGCUGUGGGCUCGACUUGAUGAAUUGGAGCGUCAGGAGGAAAUACAGGACGAGAGAUACCGAUUGGACAGCACAGACACUAAUGGAGAAGACACCACUUCCUCUUCAUCGGAAGAAGAAAAAGAAGCAGAGAGUGACAGCAGUGUGCAGGUUAAUGGCUUUAAAAAGGAAAAUGGCUGGGUAUCAUCAUCAUCAUCUCAAACAAGUCAGAUGAACAGCACCAAUGGGUUAUAUCUUGAGGAGGAUUGUGAGGAAACAGGCAACAGUCUUCCAACUAUCUACUUUUCUCACACUGUGGAACCCAAAAAGGUCAGAAUAAACACAGGGAAGAACACCACUCUGAAGUUCAGUGAGAGAAAAGAACAAAAGGAGCAAGCCAAACGAAAAAAGAAAAAUGGGAAAAGUAACGGCCAUUCUCCUCUUGAAAAUUACAAGAUCACCAGCCCAGCAGACAUUUAUAGGGUGUUUGUGGAUUUGGUGAAUGGAGAGCCAAUACCGCGGAAGUCCAUUUUGAAAUCCCGCAGUCGUGAGAACAGCGUGUGUAGUGACACCAGUGAGAGCAGCACCGCAGACUUUGAAGAGCGGCGUGUGGCUUUCGGUCGUUCACUGAGCCAUGAUGAUGCCACACACAGUGACACCAGUGAUGGCAUUACAGAGGAGGACAGUCCUACAGGCAGCAGCCCCCACACCAAUGGACGUUUUGAGGCUUUUACAGGCACAGUGAUUGAAAAGGAUCCCUUGCCUAUCUCAAUCCCACACCUGAUCAUCGCCCCUCCUGCCUUGCCCACAAUCCCAGAGAGGAAUCUGGAGGAGCUGGGCACAGAAAUGCCUCAGGAGGCCCCUAAAAGGAUGUCUAAGUUUAAAGCUACACGGUUGCAUCAUAAAUGAAAGCUAAUCUCACCAAGAUCCAGCUAUGCUUUUUUUGUUUUUAUCCCCUUUGAACAACUGUAACACUUGCAGACUGUUGGCCGUUUUUGGCCGUUUUUUUUUUUUCUUCAGUGUGAUAUGUAUCCCUGAAAUUGUAUUUGCUCUAUAAGAGCAAUAGCAAUGUUAUAUGAUUUGCCUGACAGUUUGCGUUUUUUAGGCCAAAUGGGUUGAUUUAGUAUUGACAGGCUGCAUAUUUUGGUAUCUUCUGUGUGUAUUACUUUAGAUAACAAUUAAAAAAAUAUAUGAAACCUAAAAUGGAAAAAAAAAAAAAAGUGUGACAUCAAGGCCUCACACUACUGUCAUUGUGAUGUGGUCUAUGAUGUAAAAUGGUUAUGAAUGCAGCUUUUUCAAAGUUAUUGUCAUUGUUUUAAUUUAAGUGCUUAUUUGACUUCGGCAACUAAAUAUCUGCUAAUUUCCAUCAGCUUUAAAAAGCAUUUUUUAUUCUGAGCUUUUACUUUGCUUCUCCUUUAUCGCUUGUUUUCUAUGUUUUUUUAUUGUUUUGGCUUUGUUUCUUUGCCCUUUAAAUGUAUAUCCUCCAUGGCCCCUUUUUGGGACUGCCAGGAAAAUAUUGAUGUAACUGAAAAUAAAUAAAUG